AUGGUUGCAGGAUGGGACGUCAGUCUGGAAGAGAGCAUGAGAGGAAUGCUGCCGAAGAUGGCAAGGUCGAUUGCAGGAAAGAAGCUUCCGCCAGUCCCAGCUGGCCUGGCCAGAGUGACGGAUGAGAAAGGGAAGCCACCGACAUCCAUUAUGCUUUUCUACCAGUAUGUGGAGCCAGCGUGGACUGCUAAACAGCACCGGCGAGCCCUUUCCUUUGUGCACGACCUCGGCCGCAAGCACGGAGUGACUGGUCGGGGUCGCUGCUCUGCUGAAGGCUUGAACUGCACGCUCACAGGAACUGCUGAAGGGGUCAGAGCCUUCGCGCAAGGACUUCGGGAUUGGGAUUCAUUGUUCGAUGACACAGAUUUCAAAAUAACAGAUGGCCUAGACCACCACAAGAAGUUCAAGAGCUUGACAAUUCAGAAGAAGGAGGAGCUU